GUAAAUGCAACCAUUUGUUUGGUUUUAAUGGUUUUAAUUUAUCAGUUUGUUUAAUCAAUGAGAUUCACUUUAAUCUAUUUUAGUAAUUUAAUUGGAUUUUAUGGCUUAAGAAUCGCUAUUAAUUCCUCCUACCUUAUCAAUAACUCGAGUGAUGUAAAUGUUUGAGGAUGGCGCCACAAAAGCUGCUCUAUUAACCACCACCCAUUGGAAACCACAUUUUUGAUUCAUUUGGUUGCAAUUGACUUAUUACUGUAAUCUAAGUUUAUAUUGUCUCAAUGUUAUUUAUUAUAUUUCUUAUUUUCUGACUAUUGUGCAUCUCAUCGUUACAAUGUCUAAUCAAGAACAACGAGUUUCUUAUUGUUUAAAAGUAUUGGAAAGAAUCUGUGUCACCGAUAAAGUUAUCCGGCGAACAGAAAAACUGAUUGGUGAUACUCAAGUCAAAUUGGAAAAUCUAUUGAAGGAGAUUGAUUCUGAACGACAAUUACGGAAUCAUAUUCAAGAGAUUGAAGCCAGAAUAAGGUGUUUAAAUAAAGAGCACAGCUUGGUGAAAGCAAGCCUACAAGCUCAAGAUGAUAGAUCUUCGCAAAAUGACCGGCUUAUUCAAGAAACGUCAAUUGACAUGGAUGUUCAAAGAGAACAGAUGAGAAUCGAUUAUAAGUGUUUAGAGAGCAAACGAAAUAAUCUCAACGAAGAGAAAAUAAAUCUUCAAACUAACAAUUUCCAUCUCAUCUUACGUAGAAAUAGUCUAAUCAUGCAGCUUUGUCAAAUAUAUCCUAUUCAAAAUAGUCAAGGUAAAUAUUCCAUAUGUAAUGUUCAUCUUCCUGAUUCUGAGGAUUUUAAGGGUAAAAAUAAUUUUCACCUGUCAGUGGCUUUGGGUUAUGUUUGCCAUUUUCUCGUCAUGAUGUCUAAAUUUUUGGAUAUUCCUCUACGAUAUUCAUUGAUUCCUUAUGGUUCCAAUUCCUGUAUAAUUGAUCAUAUUGAUCCUUCACUAGACAAAUCUGGACGAGUUUUUCCUCUUUAUUGCGAUACAAAUUCCAAGGAUAAAAAGAUUGCUUUCAAUUACGCUGUUUAUCUGAUCAACAAAAAUAUCGCCCAAUUGAGGCAUUACCUGUCUCUUAAAACAAGCGAUCCUAGAGCUACAUUACCAAACUUAUAUAAUCUAAUUGAAGAAAGGUGUAAGCUAACAAAUAAUUAGUUAGUUAGUCAAUUUUUAUUUGUUUUGUGUCUAAUCAAAUGUUUGUAAAUACAAGUUAAAAGUUAUAUAUAUAUAUUAUAGAUGGAUUAACCCUGUUUAUCAAUUUCAA